AGGCAGUGAUUCUGCUGAAGAUGGUUGAUGUUCCAGGGCCUCCGCUCCUAUCUCUGCUGCUGCUGUUGAGUGUGUUGGCUCUGCCUGCCACAACAUACACCCUGACCCCUGGCAGACAGCGCCAUGCCCAGCACAAAGUCCUGCAACUGGACUGGCCUAAGGACUGUGGCAUGGCCCACUAUAAACCCAACAUGGCUGAACGGAUCGUCUCUGGCAACGAGGCCAGACCUCACUCCUGGCCAUGGCAGGUCUCCCUACAGGUUCGUCCCAGAGGCAGUAAGCACUACAUCCACGUCUGUGGAGGAACUCUCAUCCACAAGAACUGGGUCCUCACUGCUGCCCACUGCUUCCAGAAGGGUAAAGCCGAGGAUGCUGGGAGUUGGAGGAUCGUCCUGGGGAAGCACCGGCUGAAACGUUCCGAGAAGCCUGAGAGGACUAUCCCGGUGAAGAGGAUCUACCGUCACGAGCACUUCCGUUACCCCACACACAGCGAGCUGGACUACGACAUCGCCCUGGUCAAGGCUGCCACCGAUAUCGUGCCCAACAACCACAUACGCUACGCAUGCCUGCCGCGCAAACAGAUCAACCUGAAGCCUGGACAAUACUGCUGGGUGACCGGCUGGGGAGACACUCGGGGUGGGAAGGAGAAUGUGUCUUUGGCUGAGGCUCUGAACCAGGCCCGUCUGCCCAUCAUCGACUUCAAGACCUGCCGUCAGAAAAAGUUCUGGGGAGAACGUGUCAGGGACUCCAUGAUCUGUGCCGGCUUCAGAGACACAGAAGGACCACCUGCUGCCUGCCAGGGUGACUCAGGGGGUCCUCUGCUCUGUCAGCUGGGGCGUGACAGGUGGGAGGUGCACGGUGUGGUGAGCUUCGGCCCAAUUGGCUGCACCGUGGAGAACAAGCCCAGCGUGUUCACCCGCACUGCCAACUACAUCCCCUGGAUCGAGGCUACCCGCAUCAGAGACUUCUUCCUGCAUUAGACCACACACACACACAGAACCUAACAACCCCUCUGCACCCACCAAACUACAGCAUUGUUUUUGGGGGAGAGGUACCAUAUUAACCCCGCCCCCUUCAACCUCUCCCCAUCCCCGCUGUGACCCUGACCUGUGAGUCACUACAUUGACAUCAGACAAUAUUUGAAUAAAUCAAUAAAUGGUGCUUUCAAAACAACAAGGUAAAAUCGUGACGUCAGCGAUCUUCAAGGUGGAAAGUCGGAGCUCUAGGAUGAUUCCAGAGUUUCCGACUUGGAUGACAGUUAAAAAAACUAUUUUUCCCAGUCGGAGCUGGUUUUUUCCAAGUUCCCAGUUGUCUUAAAAGCACUGAGGUUGGAGCUUUCCGAGUAGCCCAGUUGUCUUCAACGUGGCAAAAGACUAAAACAUUUUACAUGCACCAAUGUACGCUGAUCAGCAUUUCAUUAAUCAAGCCAUCUGUCAUUAUGUUGUCAGCUGUGUUGAGUUGUGUGUUCAUCUGUUAUUCAGAACUCCCUAUCCACUGAAUGUGAAUGUCAGUGGAGGCUGGUGGGAGGAGCUACAGGACAGGCUCAUUGUAAUGGCUGAAAUGGAACGGAGUCAAACGUGCUUUCCAUAUGUUUGAUACCGUUCCAUGUAUUCCAUUCCAACGAGACCGUCCUCCUAUAGCUCCUCCCACCAGCCUCCACUGGUGUAUGUUAAGGACAGUUUGUUUCGUAAUCACACUCAUGUCAAUGAUUCAAUGUUGUUCUAUGUCCAUAACCUAUCCAUUUUGUCCUGUUAAAUGUAACAUUCAGAAUCAUGUUCUCCCAUUUUAAUGGUGCAUGCAAAGGAACAGAUUUGCAAUUUGUAUGGCACUGAUGACACCUUUACCUUCACCCCGUCCCCAACCACCAUUCCACUUCCUGGUUGUACUCUUUCCUGACUACAACUCCCAUCAUGCAGUAUGUCACCCAAUAAAGUCAGCAGAAAAAGCA